AUGAAGGCGGCGGCGCGCGACCGCGCGCGCGAGGCGCUGCGGAGGAUGACGCGGGAGGAUAUGCGUGCGGCGGACGCGUCGAUCGAGGGACGCCUGGGUGAGAUGCGGCGGACGCGAGACGCGCGGCGCGUCGCGGCGUACUUGGCGAGCGAAAGGCUUCGAGAGUGCGCGACGAGUGGGUUCGUCCGGCGGGCGCUCGCGAGCGGGAACACGAGAGUGUUCGUCCCGCUGGUGAGUGAUGCGUCGACGUCAUCGAUGCGAAUGCUCGAGAUUGAGGAUCCGGAGACGGACGUCGAGCGCGGCGCGUACGGCUUGCCCGAGCCGCGCGCGACGCGAGCCGACGGAAGUCGUCGCGUGGACGCCUUGGAGGACAUCGAAACCGUCGGCGCGCUCGAUGUUAUCAUCGUUCCCGGUUUCGCUUUCGGCGAGGACGGUCGAAGGCUCGGUCGCGGGGGUGGAUAUUACGACGCGUUUCUCGCUCGCUACGCCGACGCGUGCGUCCGCGUGAACGCGUCGCCGCCGCUCGUCGUCGCCCUCGCGUACGAGUGUCAAAUUUGCCCGCCCGGCGUCGUGCCCAUUGAUGCGCACGAUCGCAUCGUCGACGUCGUCGUCACGGAGUCUCGAUCGUUCGCGUGCACGUCCGCGGGCUCCGACGCGCUCGCCUAG